UUUUUUUGUUCUAGUCUUUCCUUUUUAAACUUCAUAUGGUUCAUCUUUAUUUUAUAUCUUGAUUUUUUUUAUUGUAUUAUAACUAUCCUUUUCCUAUUACCCCUUCUUUGUUUUGAUUUUUCAAGUAUAACCAAUGGACCAUUACGAUUCCUAUUCUCAAACACAGCAACAAACUCACCUUCCUGAACCAACUGUUACUCAUCAUGAUAAGGAAGACCAAUCUCCGACAUGCACAGACAUACCUACCCAGUUACUCAAUGAACAUAUGGAUAAUUCUACUUUAGAAAAUUCUUUGGUCUCUACCGAAACCGCGCCUAUACAAUCUCCUAAAGAAGACCAAUCUGUUUCUUCACUAGAACAACAACAAGUUGACGACCAAUCAUUACCAACAACAGCAACAACAGCAGCAGCAACAGCAGCAACAACGACAACAACAACAACAACAGUAACAACAACAGCGGCAGCAGAAGCAGCAACAACGACAACAGCAGUUGAUACCUUUAAUAAACCAACGACUACAAUGGGUCAUGUUAAAUUGACUGAAAAUAUGACCAACCAAGAAAAUGAACAACCAUCAAGACAUCUUGAUGACGACAGCCUCUCUUCCUCGUGCGACGAUACCAUACCUGACCCCUCAAUAGUACCGACAGAACAAACAAAUGAGAACCAACAACAACAAGAAAAACAACAACGAUCUGAAAGCAUCGAACCCGAAUUACAACAAUUACAUACUAACGGCAGCGUGGAUCAGGUUAACACGUGGAAUACGUCAACACUCACACCAAUGAUUCCUUCAAUGACAGUGGACGAAAACAAUUCGGAGGAAGACAGUCAGCAUACAUCACCCAAUAUCAAUGAAUCUAUCGUGAAUCAAAUCAAUGAAGAACAACAUCAACAAGUGUCUACAGAUCAAAGCAAUCAUCAGGAUCCAACCAACGUGACCUCAGAGGAUGACAACAUCAGCAAUGAGGAUCGGACAUCUCAUCCAUCAGUUGACCCUAUCAUAGCAAAUGCAGCAUCUAAUGAUCCUAAUUCCCCGUUAUCCGUUACUAUGGAGGAUCCAACAGCACCUUUAUCCAUUGGAAACCAAUAUCAACUUAACGACAAUGCCACCACACUUACUACAUCAGAAGCCACUCCUUGCAUUAUUUCACCUACUUCUGAUACUACAUCAACACAUGUACAUGAAGCCGAUCAAAACGUGAUCAUGCAUCUCUCUAGUGAUGAUGGUGACAUUCAACGACAACAACAACAGCAGGAAAAUAAUGCAGUACCAACAGUACCUUUAUCGAUAUCAACCAAUCAAACUACUCAUAUCCCAGUGGAAGAGAACGCUUCUUUGCAUAGAACUGCCACCACAGGAUCCGAUGAAUUAACACUUACUGAACCACCUCGUCCUCGACAUGUAUGGGAAUCUGAUCGACAAGCUUCUGAAUGUCGCCGAUGUAAUCGUCGAUUCAACUUUUUAGUCCGAAGGCAUCAUUGCAGACGUUGUGGUCAAGUUGUUUGUGAUCGUUGUAGUUCACAUCGUGUUCGAUUACCAGUAGAAGAACUUGUUGAAGAUCCUAUGAUAUCUACAUCCCAUUAUCCAGUCAUUGCCUUGAACCCUCAACGUGUUUGUGAAGCUUGUAUUCGAAUUCCAAUCAAAGCGACCGAUUCUACGACUCGUUAUACAUCAUCAUCACAUGGUUAUACCAGCAAUCACUUUUUUACCAGUCAUCAACCUUCUCCUAUGAAUAUGCGUCGAAGUGAUAGUCAACAAAGUUUGAUGGCAGAUUGUCCUGUUUGUGGUACUGGGUUGUUGGGAAUGCGAAAAGAACAACAAGAAAAUCAUUUGAAUGAAUGUUUAAAUAGUGGUAGUCCAACGUAUAUACAUUGACAGAAGGAACAGCUCAAAUAGGUGAUGAAUGUCCAAUUUGUUUUGAAGAAUUUGAAGCUGGAAAUAAGAUUGCUCGUAUGGUAUGUCUUUGUUCCUAUCAUAGGCAUUGUCUUCGAGAUUGGCUAGAACGUGGCAAAGGAUGUCCUAUUCAUUAUGAUUCUAAUAUUGGUACAUACUAGUCUGUUAAUGAUCUCCCUUUUGGUCUCUCAUUUUUGGUUGUUUUUUUUAUAUUUAUCUUUUUCUUUUUUUUUUUUUUUUUCC